CUUCACCAAGACUCUGAUUCAAGCUGCGUGAAGUUUCGCAGGACAUGAAUCCACACUCUUCGAUUCGCAGACCCCGAGUUGUAACCCGACCCAGCCCACCAACACUAUACUUCUUCGAGGUGUGGGAAGAUAAAUUGGGUAAUCUGUGCGCGCGCGAUGGUCAGUUGCCGUAUGAUCGUGUAGAAGAUUGGCUCAAGUUAGAGGGCACAUACAAGACCGAUGCAAACGAUUCCAUUGAUCUGGCUCAGAGUAUGAUACUCAGGUUGAUAGCCUGCGAUUUUGACCAGCAUCCAUUUGCAAUAGGAUGUGGACUGCCAACCUUCAACCAAAUCCAAGAAGCAUUCCAUCUCAAUGAAAACUCCGUGGAAGCCAUCAUCAAUAACAAUGGCGCAUUCGGAAGGUUCUAUGAACGUAGCCCCGGGUCGUCAGCAACGGACCUUUUCUCCCUUGUUUUCAAAGUUGGCAACAGUAUAAACAUCGGUUAUGACGCUAUGUCCAUGACGUACAACAUGAAAAGACGAACGACAAGGGCAUUCCUUCACGGCUUUUUAGACCAUGAUUCACAGAGCCUCAUAGAGUAUCUCAAGACCUGUAAAGAUAAGCUACGUUUCGAGAGUCCUUUCUUGUUGCCAUGCCGAAUUUAUCGUAAGCAUAGAGCGAAAAGCGAAGCUUAUCGAGUUUCCAUCGACGACAACCUUCAAAGAGCCGAAGUUGAGAUAGGGUAUGCCAUCCCUGGAGUGUUGGAUGGGACUGCAGACCCCAUCUCUCUUCUGAGAAGCGGGAACAUAGAGUUCGAGAGAAUAAAUCGUCGGCUCACUUCCUGUUCCACAGAACUGUGCACAGUCCUCCACACCGGGGCCUUCGGUAAAGAGCUAGGAAUAUUCCUCCGCAAUACUGCGCAGGAGCUGGGAUCAAAGCUAUAUUCUCCUGACAAUGAUGGGCUGUCGCACAACCAAACCCUGGUCCAAGAGAUUGAGUUCACGACAAAUCUGUACAGUAGCCUUCUGUCGCAAGCAUCGAACUUGAGGACGAGGGUGGAGAAUCACAUCCAACUUGGACACAGUCUUGUUGCACAGGAGGAGAAUCGCAUCAGUCGAUUUGUUGCCGAAGAAAGUGCACGGAUUGCUGCAGCUACAAAAGGCGACAGUGCCGCAAUGAAGGCCAUUUCGCUGGUGACCAUGAUAUUUCUCCCGCCUACAUUCGUUGCAACUUUCUUCAGUAUGAGUAUGUUCAAUUGGGAACCACAAGGACAGGAUCCAGGACUCGUGUCCAAGUAUUUGUGGAUUUAUUGGGCUGUCACGAUUCCCUUGACGGUGAUAGUGGUAGUGUGCUGGCGUUUAUGGAUGAUCAAGGAGAACAGAGGAUUCAACACGCUUCCCAAGAGACAGGAAGACGAGAAGUCGGAUAGGGUUUCUGUGGCUGACGCUAACCACAUCACCCCUACAGCUAUACUCAUGGCGGAGUACUCGGAGGCUCAAAAACAGCAGGUCAGGCCAUAUUGGAGACGACGGGCUUAACAAGGCACAAAUGUAAGUUCUUGAGCUUUAUUACAGC